AUGGUAAGUGCAUUAAAUGCGCAUCAUUUACGUAUACAUGGUGUCCGGCCCCGUCUGUUCAAAUACACAUGACUUUUAGGGAGCCGACGCCUCACUUCCGAUGGAAAUGUGCAGCAAUUGUAAGUCGUUUUCAAAAAAUUUAGUAGAUGUCUUCGUUGUGUAAUCAGGAAAAUCCAUCUAAUUUGUUUCAGUUGAUGCCUACGAGCUGCGCCGUCUCACGCGUCGCUUUAAGAAACUCGACGUUGACGGAUCGGGCUCGCUUUCCGUCGAGGAGUUCAUGUCGUUGCCCGAGCUGCAACAGAAUCCGCUUGUCCAGAGGGUCAUUGACAUAUUCGACGAGGACGGAAACGGGAGGUCGACUUUCGGGAGUUCAUCCAGGGAAUCUCGCAGUUCAGUGUGAAAGGCGACAAGAAUACGAAGCUGAAGUUCGCGUUCCGCAUCUACGACAUGGACCGUGACGGCUUCAUCUCAAAUGGAGAGCUCUUCCAGGUGAGGUAUUAGUCGUCCAGCACGCGAGGAUUAUGGACGGCUCGUUCAAAUCCCCUGUUUUAAUGCUCUUCUCGUUGCAGGUGCUCAAGAUGAUGGUGGGGAACAACCUGAAGGACUCGCAGCUCCAGCAGAUCGUCGACAAGACCAUUCUGUUCCACGACAAGGACGGAGACGGCAAGAUUUCGUUCCAAGAGUUCUGCGAUGUGAGUGAUACCUUCAGUUGAGAUCUCAUCUGUGUUUUUGAAGUGAAAUGAGCUUCGCUAACGCGUGCAUUAUCUAACUUUCGUUGUCUUCAGGUCGUUGAGCAUACCGAAGUGCACAAGAAGAUGGUUCUGGAGAACAUCUAA